CUCUUACCUGCUUCGCUCACACACACUGGACGCCGCUGGCUUUCUGUCCACGUUUACUAAAGCUGCAGGGCACAAGUUUGACAUCUGCUUUUCUCUCUUCUUUGUGUUGGUUGUCUGGCUUCUUUCUCGCUUUGAUUUUUGCAAUGUUCUACAAAAGCUGAAAUGGAUUUGUAACCGGUGGAAGUGGCAAACGGAUAUUUUUUUCCACUUUUAUUUUGUCAUCUACAGUUCUCUGUUCUGUCAGGUCUCCGUGUGCUCAGACAGGAUGACAUGGCGUCCUCAGUACCGGAGUUCUAAGUAUCGCCAUGUGUUUGGGAAGCCGGCCACAAAAGAGAACUGCUAUGAUGGCGUCCCCAUCACUCGAAGUGUUCAUGACAACCAACUCUGUGCCGCUAAUCCACGCUUUAUCGCUGUCAUCACUGAAUGUGCAGGAGGUGGAUCUUUCCUGGUGCUGCCCGUCCAUCAUACUGGCAAGGUUGACCCUCAUCAUCCAAAGGUUUCUGGUCACAGAGGGAAUGUACUUGACAUCAAAUGGAAUCACUUUAAUGACUUCUGCAUAGCAUCUUGUUCAGAGGACGCCACAGUGAAAAUCUGGGAAAUCCCUGAACAUGGUGUUUUGAAGACCAUCACAGUGCCUUGGAAAGAGCUGCAGGGUCAUUCUCGACGUGUAGGCCUCAUUGAGUGGCAUCCCACUGCCAACAACAUCAUUUUCAGCACCGGCUAUGACUAUCAGGUUAUGGUGUGGAAGCUGGAUGUUCCUGAACAGGUGAUUAAGAACCCUGUGCGCUCCAUCAGUGUUCAUUCAGAUGUGGUUCUGUCCAUGUCCUUCAACACAGAUGGCAGCAAACUUGCUACUUCCUGCAAGGACAAGAAAAUCCGGGUGAUUGACCCACGUACUGGCACCAUUUUACAGGAGACUAACUGCAAAUCACACAAAGCCAGUAAAGUGCUAUUUCUUGGAAAUUUGAAAAUGCUCCUCUCCACGGGAAACUCACGCUGGAACCAUCGCCAGAUUGCACUUUGGGAUCAAGAGGAUCUCUCUCAGCCAUCUUAUUCUGAGGAUUUAGACGGCUCUUCUGGUGUUCUCUUCCCUUUUUAUGACCCGGACACACACAUGCUUUACAUAGCUGGAAAAGGUGAUGGAAAUAUCAGAUACUAUGAAAUCAGUCCAGAGAAGCCAUAUGUGCACUAUUUGACUGAAUACAGGUCUCAUCUACCACAGAAGGGAAUGGGUGUCAUGCCAAAGAGAGGACUUGAUGUGUGUUCCUGUGAAAUCUUCAGAUUCUACAAGCUAGUGACAAUCAAAAGUCUCAUAGAACCUCUCUCCAUGAUCGUUCCACGAAGGUCAGAGUCCUAUCAAGAGGACAUUUACCCCAUGACAGCUGGAAACAAGCCCGCCAUGACAGCAAAUGAGUGGAUCAGUGGUCUAGACAAAGGUCCUGUGAUGAUGUCACUGAGGCCUGGAAGUAAAGUGGACACAUAUGUGGAGUUGGGUUUGAAGAAAAGCCCAAUGGAAUCAACAGAGAUGCACAAUUCUCGCAGUCAGCCUGGGUUGUCACAGCUCAUUCAGCGACUAGAGACCAAAGAUGGAAACGGACGCAAAGAAUCCCACCCUACAUUAUUACUCCCAUCCACUGAAGAAAACGGCAGUUCUGCAAGCCAUGUCAGCAAUGGACAGCUAGAUUCCCCACACUGCUCACCACCAAAAACGGAGAAUGAGCUACGGCAGAUGUUUUAUAAGCAGCAGGAGGAGAUCCGAAAAAUGAGGGAGUUGCUGAAUCAGAAGGAUGUCCGGAUAAAACAGCUAGAACUGGAGAUCAAAAAUGUGAGGAACUCACAAGCUCCUCUUUGAGAGAUACUGUAGUACAGCAUCACACUGUAAACGCCUUGUCUGCUUCACUAACAUUGACUUAAGAACUUUCUGCCUCGGGAAUUUUGCUGUAAAGAUGCGGUCACUGAUGCUUGGCAAAGUUGUUAACAAGGAUCCAUGCGAUUGGGAGUGAAGAAGUUUACAUUGCAGAUUACACUUGUUGUUUUGUUUCAAGCUGCCCAACAGAAAAGCUGCUUGACUACAAUAUUGACAAUGGACCUUCUAGCCUGUGAAAUUUUGCGCAAAUUUGGAAAAUGUGACCGCACCUUAGGGAAACAUGUGGGCUACAUUCCCAUUUCUAACAUCUCCUCAUGGAAAGUCAUUCCUUGUAUGCACAUUUUGUGCACAUAAAUACUGUACAACCUCUGUGGAAGUUUUUUUUUAAACUUAAGCACUAUGCAAACAUUUUUAUUUUCAGUUGUGAUCUUACUUUUUAAUGUAUUUUUGUUUGUUUGUUUUAAAAAAUGGCCUAAAUGAUAUGUUUAUGUUUUAGAAAUGAGGUUAUUUGAGUUUAUUCUUGAAUAUGAUUGUAACACGAGAAUGUUCUUUUCAAUUCAUUUUCUAUUUAAAUUCUGUGAAUCAAAAGAUUUUGAUAACAAUAAUGCACCUGAGACCUAAUUGGAAAUAUAAAUUGUAACUAAGCCUCAAGUUAAAGAUUUUUUUGUUCGGUGUCCAAAUGUGGUUAAAAGAGUUUACGAAAUCCUAGCAUGCACUGGUGAGGCACUAUGGCUGGGAUCCCACAAUGUCAAGUAAUGUAACCAAACUGUGAACUGCCAAACUCAUCAAAAUGCAUGAAUCUACUACCGUAUUACAAUGGUUUCAAAACAUUUAAGUUUGGCCAGUUUAAAACCUUCUCCUAAUUGGAGCUCUUGGUUCACAAAUUAAGAAAAGCCAUAUUUUUUUAGAAAUGAUUUUAAUAAUGUUUUGUUUACAUGAGGACCUGUACGUGCACACAUCAGAAUAUAGAGUAAGAUGUUUAAUAUGCUAUUUUAAGUGUUGUUGCUAAAAUAUUUGCUUAUUUACUAAAUGUUGUUCAAACACUCUUGA